AUGUAAAUCAAUAUUGUAUAGUGGGAAUAAAGCAAUGCUUUAACUCUUCAAGAAUAAGCUAUUAUUGAUUAAAUAGACAAUUUGCAUCAAAAGGCAUAUUUAGAGAAAGAUAAACCCAUCAAUUUUUCAUUUUAUAAGAAACAAGAUAAGAAAAAUGAUGACUUUUUUCGAUUAGAAAUGAUAUAAGGAUAAUAUUAAUAAAAAUUAACAUCGCUCUAAAGUAUAAGACAAAAUUUAGAGAUAAUAUGUGAUCAGUUGAAGAAAUUGAAUGAUGACAAAGACAAGAUUGUAUAAAAAAUUAGUUAAUUUCAUUAAGAAGCCAAUAUUCAUAUAAAUAAAUAAAAAGAAUUAUUAGAAUAUCAAUUUUAAAUACAAGAAAACAUAUAAUAUUACUAUAACAUUUAGAAAAUUUAAAGGGACUUAGAGAGUGAUGAUAGAAAGGAAAUUAAUUAUUAAAUAUUAAUUAGUGAAAUUCAAGAAGGCAUAAUUUUCUUUUCCUCUAAACCUAAUUACUACCAGAGCGACAAAUACAUCAUACAAUAUUAAUAAUUGAAGGAAAGGUUGCUAGGUACUUGCAAGAGCUCUUUAAUGAAACUUUUAAAUAAAGAAUCAUAAUUUAUCAAUCAAAAGUUCUCCCAAUUAAAAGACUUAAUUUGUGUGUUUUAUCCUCCAAGGUUCUUUGGUUAUUCUGAGUUGAAUGAGGAAGAGAAUGAUAUCCUUUAACCAAACCCAUUAAAACUGUAAUUUUUAUAGAUUAUUUUCCCUUAAUUGAUUCCAUAAUUGAAAUUGAAGGAUACUAUAUAAAAAACAAUUAUUAGUACGAGGAUGAAUUUUUGA